UUUUUUUAUCGUCGUUUUCCUUAACGAGCGCUUAAUUUAUUUCGGUGGGGGCAAUCCUGAAAGCGUACGGCUUUCAAUCUUAUCUAAACUUGUCACCCCGAGAGCACACAUGUCUCGAUGUAUUCGCCAAGUCUUGCGUCUCUGAAGGAACGCUCGGCUUCAGUCAAAUAGCGCCGUUUCACGUGCUUACAACUGAAAGUGAAAUGAGUGCGAGUAAAGUUUUGCGUCGUUUGUGCAUCGAUUAAUUUCGGGCGAGUGAUGGAUUAGGUGAAGGUGCGAUUUUCAAAAAAGCAAAAUGAAGCUGUGGAAGGUCCUGGCCAGGAACAGCCACAUCUACACCAAAGAGAAAGGACACAUGAUGGAAUUGCAAGAGUACAAGUCGCGGUCGCCCACCUACUCGGAGGACUCCGGGCGGCACUCCAGCAGCGCCCUGGACGACCCGCAGCUCCUGCUGACCACCGUCCAGCUCCGGAAGCGGGCGGGCGAGCCCUUGGGCAUUGUCUUGGGAAACUCGGAAUUGGAGCCAUGCCCCAGCAUCGCGUCGCUUCGUCCCGGCUCGGUGGCCUUGACCAGCGAGCAACUGCUUCCCGGAGACCGCAUCUACAGCGUGAACGGCAUUAACACGUCCCGGAUGCGGCCCGAAGACGUCUCCAAGCUGUUGGAGAACGUGGACGGAAACGCUCUCCUCGAAAUACAGUACUCCCUCCCCAACUACGCCUCGCAGAGCUCCCUCUGCGUCAGCUCCAAAAUCACCGAAGUGACCCUCGAGCGGAUCGACGGCUCGCUCGGGAUCACCCUACGGGGCGGCUCCGCCCCCGAGCACCCCCACCUGAGCCGGCCGCUGGUCAUCACCCACGUGAGACCCGGCGGCCCCGCCCACAGGAGCGGCCUCAUCAGGGUGGGGGAUCGGGUAUUAAAGGUGGACCAUCAGCCGCUCGUCCACAAAACGCUACUCGAAGCCCAGCAGAUACUCAAAGACAACGCGACGUUUGCGUUCGCUACUUUGACCAUUGAGUAUGAUGUUAGUAUUAUGGAGUCGGUUAAGUACGCGCAAGGGGCGCUCUUGGUCGAGAUUGACCGGCAAACCGAGGAAGAUUUCGGUUUGGUUCUAACCAAUUGUUGCGAACUGGGCCCGGAUGAGAUUCUCGCAGCUGGGUAUUUUAUUGAUCAUGUCGUACCGGCGAGUACUGCUGAUAGGUGUGGUGCCUUAAGUCCUGGUGAUCAGAUUUUGGCCAUUGAUGAUUUGAUUCUGGAGAAUUGGAAUGGUAGUACCAACGAUGCCGAGAGGUUGCUACGAAGGGCCACCAAGCUACAAAUCCUGCCGUACCAUACGGUACAAAGGGCGGGGUCCCGGAACUACGCCAGUUUCAGUACUUUGAACUCAAGGCGGUCCCGGAAUCGGGUCAAGAGACAAAGUGUUUUCCACAAAUCGCUCGAUGGAGACUCGGGGAGUAACUUUUGUGGUUGCACCGGAAAUAUGGGAGUGUGUCACGUUGAAACUCUCACAACCACUCUAGUCUCGGAUCGGGGGUACGGUUUCACAGUUUCAGUAGGAGAACACAGUGAAAAUCGAACUGCCGAUAUACUAAUUUCGCGGAUUUUGCCCGACUCCCCUGCGUACAGGUGCGGGUGUCUCCAAGUUGGCGACCGCAUCGUCUCAGUCAACCACCAACCGAACUUAACCCUCCAAGAAAUCAACUCGAUUCUAGACCUCGGUAACGACUCCAACUCCAAACUAGCACUUGAAAUUGAAUUCGACGUGGCUGACACUAUAGUGCCAUCAAGCGGCAUCUUCACAGUCAAGCUACCGAAGCGAGGUCCAGGUCUCGGAAUCACAAUAACCGCGUCCAAGACACGUCCAGACGAACCCUUUCUCAUUUCGGAGAUCCGUCGGGGGUCAAUAGCGCACCGGAUCGGGACUUUGCACGCCGGCGACCGGCUUUUAGCCAUCGACAACCGACCGCUUGACCAUCUGAGUCUCGAAAGCGCGUUCGAAAUCCUCCAAAGUUCCACAAACGACAUAGUCACCCUCAAAAUUGAGAAAACCGAACUAGAGAAUGCUAAUCUAUUCCUGGACAGUGUGGUCUACACUGUCGAACUGCACCGCUACGGAGGUCCCUUAGGAAUCACGAUUUCAGGGAGUGAGGACUGCAACGAACCCAUAGUUUUGUCGCGGUUGACUGAAGGAGGCCUGGCUGAAAAAACAGGAGCGCUGCACGUCGGAGACAGGAUUCUGGCAAUCAACGGCGAAAGCCUGGAAAAUAGGCCUCUGAGUGACGCUAUUAGACUCCUCCAAACGUCUGGAGACCGCGUCCAGUUGAAAAUCGCCAGAAACAUCAAGAAUUCGGAUUCUGGGAUCGAAGAGGGCCGCUGCAACUAUUCGAGCCCCGGUGUUUUGAGUGUCGAUAGUGCCGUCCAUUCGUGGGACAGCAACACAGCUGACAACACCAACGACAAUAUGGAUGUGCAGAUCAAGGACGAGGAAAGCGUCUUGAGCGAGCCCCUCUCCCUCCCCUACCCAGACAAACAGAAGAAGCACGACUCCCAACUCCAAUUCUACUCCGACACGGAGGAGAUGUUCUGUCCCAGCCCCCUCCCCCUCCCGAACUACAACUUCACGAACCCGAACUACGGGCAACCGUCGGCGAACUUCGUCAACCGUUUGCAGGGGACUUACAGCAACGAGAGCAUCCAAGACCACGAAAUCUACCACGUUACUCUUUACAAGGACUCGAUCUAUGACGAUUAUGGGUUUAGCGUGAGCGACGGGCUCUACGAGAAAGGGGUGUACGUGAACAGGAUAAGGAAAGGGGGCCCCGCCGAUAUCGUAGGGCUCUUGAAGCCCUACGACCGGAUCAUUCAAGUAAAUGACACCAAAACGAAGGAUUUUGAUUGUUGUCUCACUGUGCCUUUGAUCGCCUCGGCCGGCGAUCGAAUUGAGUUGCUAAUUGCCAGAAAUCCGUACUUAAAUUUCACAGAAAGGUUGUUUCAGGAUCACCAGGAUAACGUCUCGAAAAAGUCGUUCUCCGCCAGUCAGAACACUAUUACCAAGACUUUGUAAUUUAUACGCUAUGUAAUUCCAGAGUGGCAGAAAUAUAUUUAUUUUUUAUCGUUGUAAGUUGGUGAAUUCAUAAUUAAAUUAUUUACAAACGG